ACGCCUCUUCGAGGUUCCACCCACGUCUGCGGCGGUCAUGUUUCACCAGCUUUCGUUAUCGAAUACAGUAAACCGUUUUUACCUUUCGUCCGUAACAAGGUCAUGUUCAAACAUCCACUAUUCUGCUGAGUCUGGGUAUGGUAAUCAUACGUCUCACGAUAGGUGAACCAAUCCCAAGCAUGUCGCCACGCUAUCGAUGUCAGAACGUGAGAAGAGACGCAUGCAAUUCGAGCCUCGGCGUGAACACGAUAACGAACUUCAUGAAACAUGGGUUUUGAGGCUCCUUCUUCGCUCUUCAAGGAUGGAUCUUCCAUUUGUCCGUCUCGAGCCUCUGGCACCGCUCGUGUUGGCGUUCGCGUUGGCGCGGCUGCUUCGUUCGCGUACCUACUCACCUGCUCACCUGCGUAUUCGCUUCGCAUUCCGGGGUUUGCUUGGCUGUCUGUGUGCCUGGUUCAUGGGUUCUCAGUUUCGUGUGUUGCUCAACGACUGUGGCAAAAACAUCAUUCGAUGCGAUUACAUUGUGGAUGGCGCAAUGCAAAAUUUGUUGAAGUCGGUGAUUUGUACUACACUUAUGAUUUCACAAUUAUUCGUGGAUGAAGAGCCGGAUAUGACGAUUGGAUGUAAUUGGUGUAUAAAUACAUGCCUAAUACAGCCGUAUAAAACGCUUUUUUUGCUUAAUAAGUGCGGGGUUGAGACUGAACACCGCCCAAGACUCUCAGGCUUUUCAAGCUCCAGUUUAAGCUGCCGAGUAGCUAUCCCUAAGGGAAGAGGAUAGAGCAAUCGAAGUAUUGGAAAUAGUCAAAUCU